AUGAGUACAGAGAAGGAGGGAAAGGCAUUGUUGAAUGAUGUAGAGGAGGACGAUUCCACUAAUGAAGUGAAGAAGGUCGUCGCCUCACUCAAUGUUGUUCAAGCGCCAUCCAAUAAUGUUGUUGGAAAUUGUUGGAGCAAUAAAGGAGAUGAUGCUUACACCGGUUUGCCCGUCAUUACUUGUGUCGGUGAUGUACCAAGUAUGAGUCAUCGAUCAACAUCGCUCGACACCGAUGAAAGUUUGAUCUCUCUGCGCAAUGACUCGCCGUAUUUGAGCAUUCUUGGAGGUGAUAAAGGAAGGCAUUCAGUUGUUCGAUAUGUGUUUGAUCCAGGAGGAAAUGCCUCAACCAAAACAUUUGCUUUCAACUCUCGUCCUUGGUUCGCGGUUUCCACCUUGAGGACAAGAAGACCUCCACCCCCACCCCCAGCUCCUUCCCCACCCCCGCCACCACCUUCACCUCGUCCUCCUCCGCCACCUAAACCCAGACGACCUCCACCCCCACCUCCUCGUUCUCCACCCCCGCCACCACCAUCACCUCGUCCUCCUCCGCCACCUAAACCCAGACGACCUCCACCCCCACCUCCUCGUUCGCCACCCCCGCCACCACCUUCACCUCGUCCUCCUCCGCCACCUAAACCCAGACGACCUCCACCCCCACCUCCUCGUUCGCCACCCCCGCCACCACCUUCACCUCGUCCUCCUCCGCCACCUAAACCCAGACGACCUCCACCCCCACCUCCUCGUUCCCCACCACCACCACCACCGUCACCGCCACCACCAUCACCACCUCCACCGUCACCACCUCCACCACCAUCACCGCCACCACCAUCACCGCCGCCACCUUCACCUCCACCCCCUCCACCACCUUUACCUAGAAGACCUCCACCCCCACCCCCAGCUCCUUCCCCACCCCCGCCACCACCUUCACCUCGUCCUCCUCCGCCACCUAAACCCAGACGACCUCCACCCCCACCUCCUCGUUCUCCACCCCCGCCACCACCAUCACCUCGUCCUCCUCCGCCACCUAAACCCAGACGACCUCCACCCCCACCUCCUCGUUCGCCACCCCCGCCACCACCUUCACCUCGUCCUCCUCCGCCACCUAAACCCAGACGACCUCCACCCCCACCUCCUCGUUCGCCACCCCCGCCACCACCUUCACCUCGUCCUCCUCCGCCACCUAAACCCAGACGACCUCCACCCCCACCUCCUCGUUCCCCACCACCGCCACCACCGUCACCGCCACCACCAUCACCACCUCCACCGUCACCACCUCCACCACCAUCACCGCCGCCACCUUCACCUCCACCCCCACCUUCACCUCGGCCACCUCCACCACCUUUACCUAGAAUACCUCCACCCCCACCCCCACCUCCUCGUUCCCCACCCCCGCCACCACCUUCACCUCGUCCUCCUCCGCCACCUAAACCCAGACGACCUCCACCCCCACCUCCUCGUUCCCCACCCCCACCACCACCUUCACCUCGUCCUCCUCCGCCACCUAAACCCAAACGACCUCCACCACCACCUCUUCGUUCCCCACCACCGCCACCACCGUCACCGCCACCACCGUCACCACCACCACCUUCACCACCUCCACCGUCACCACCUCCACCACUAUCACCGCCACCACCGUCACCGCCGCCACCUUCACCUCCACCCCCACCUUCACCUCGGCCACCUCCACCACCUUUACCUAGAAGACCUCCACCCCCACCCCCAGCUCUUUCCCCACCCCCGCCUCCACCUUCACCUCGUCCUCCUCCGCCACCUAAACCCAGACGACCUCCACCCCCACCUCCUCGUUCCCCACCCCCACCACCACCUUCACCUCGUCCUCCUCCGCCACCUAAACCCAGACGACCUCCACCCCCACCUCCUCGUUCCCCACCCCCGCCACCACCUUCACCUCGGCCGCCUCCCCCACCUUUACCUAGACGACCUCCACCCCCACCUCCUCGUUCCCCACCUCCGCCACCACCUUCACCUCGUCCUCAUCCGCCACCUAAACCCAGACGACCUCCACCCCCACCUCCUCGUUCCUCACCCCCGCCACCACCUUCACCUCGGCCGCCUCCCCCACCUUUACCUAGACGACCUCCACCCCCACCUCCUCGUUCCCCACCCCCGCCACCACCUUCACCUCGUCCUCCUCCGCCACCUAAACCCAGACGACCUCCACCCCCACCUCCUCCCACCAGUUAUCUUUCACCCAUCAAGUUUAACUUUACUCAAGAAGAUAUGAUCAGAAACAAGCUACCUGUGGAGUGUUACAUAUUUACUGAUUGUUAG